AUGUUGAGCAUGAUAUGGCAGAUUCUGCUUCUAGCUCUUGGAUUAUCUUCGGUUCUUGCACAGGAAAGAACGUCCUUCGUCUCCUGGGCCUGGUUCUACUCCCAUGCCCUCGGAAACCAUAUGGACCGAGACCAUGCCUUCAUUUACUCCCGGACCGUCGGCUUCAUCACCCUCAACUUUCUCCCAAUCUGUGAGCAGCAACCCAGGCCAGCCAAACCGCCCAGGUCCUUCCUCUUCUACCACAUCCUCCAGCUCAGGGUCCCAGGGCCAGACUCAAAGCACCCUUACCGCUUCGUCGGGGACCCCAUCUCCAACGGGUCCUUCCUACUCAAUCACGUUGUCAAACCCCACGUCGACGGGUCAGAGCACAGCCGAAAAUUCUUCAAUGAAUACGUCCCAAACAGGGUCUUCUCCAAGCGGGGGAUCAACUGUCACUACUUCUUCACCAAACUCAAACUCCUCCUUGGCCCCCUCAACCAAGCCUACCUCCCCGAAUACAUCUCCACCUGGCACGCGAAGUUCUACAGGGUCCAGUCAUACCACGAACGUCUCCAGUUCCAAUUCGAAUUCUGGCUCCACAAGCUAUCCAAGCUCACCAACAGGCUCGAUCUCCAGGACAUCUCAAACAUCGGGUGUUUCUCCAACAGGAAGCCAUUAUACAACGGGGACAACCUCAGGCACGCCAACCGCGCCCACGACUGGUCUAACUUUUACUACUCCAUCCAUGUCUACAGGAAGCUCGGCCUUCACUCCGCCGACGGCUCCCACAACCGAUCUGAGUUCAAGCACAACAACAGCGUCUACAACAGGGUUGACCUCCACUACGCCCGGCGUCUCUUCAGGAGGUUCGACUUCAGGAGGUUCAACUUCAAGUACGCCGAUCGCACCAACGACUGGCCUGGCUUCCACUACACCCGGUGGUUCGACAGUAGACCUGAGUUCAAGUAUACCAACAGCGCCUACGACGGGUCUCACAUUCACAGCACCAGCUUCCUCUUCACCAAGCUUGACUAUUAG